AAACAUCCUCAUCCAGCAAAUGAAAUCAACAAGAGCUUCUUAGCCCUGUCAACUAGCUAGAGAAAGACUCUGUUAGUAUUAUUAUUACAACAGUAGUAGUACAUUACAUUACACGACUACUGAGUUAUUAGUAUCAUUAUAGAGCGAGAAAGUAGGAGGAUAGAGAGAGAGAGAGAGAGAGAGAGAGACAUGGGGAUUGAAGAAGCCGGUGGCAAGAGUUUUCCGGCGGGGUGGAACAUGGCGACGAAGCCGUGCGACUCGUGCAAACUGGCGGUGGCGUUGCUGUUCUGCCGAGCUGACUCGGCGUUCAUGUGCAUGGACUGCGAUUCCAAGAUCCACGGAGCCAACAGGCUGGCCUCCAGGCACGAGCGCGUGUGGAUGUGCGAGGUGUGCGAGCAGGCGCCAGCAGCCGUCACGUGCAAGGCGGACGCCGCCGCCCUCUGCGUCACGUGCGACCGCGACAUCCACUCCGCUAACCCACUCGCACGUCGUCACGAGCGCGUCCCCGUCGUGCCCUUCUAUGACACUGCUGAGGCCGUCGUCAAGUCCACCGCCGCCGCCGCCUUCCUUCUUCCCGCCACCGAAGACUGGACCACCGUGGCCGACGACAAUCCAAAUGUUCACUCUGGCCUCGCGGAUGCUGAAGCUCCGGCCUCCUGGAUGGACCUCCCAAACCCUAAUCCCAAAAUUUUAACCGAUGUUCCGGACAUGAAGUCCAUCGAACUCUUGUUUUCCGAUUCCGAUCAAUUUCUGAAUUUGGAUUAUCCGAUCCCGUUCAACACACAGUUCCACCAAGAACAGCGCAACUCUGGCGCAGAUAGCGUAGUUCCAGUUCAAACAGUCAAAGCACCUCUGCCGGAAAAAAUGAUGAAAUACUCGCCGGAUAACUGUUUCGAGAUCGAUUUUACUCAAUCCAAGAUGUCAUCGUCGUCAAUGGACGUGGGAGUGGUACCGGAAGGGAGCUCCAUGUCGGAUAUGUCGUACUCAUUUGGUCAGAAUAUGAGCAGCAGCAUGGAUCUGGGUGGGUCUGCGAUGAGUCAGGUGUCGCAGCCGUCGGGACUGGACAGGGAAGCUAGGGUUUUGAGGUACAGGGAGAAGAGAAAGAACAGGAAGUUCGAGAAGACGAUUCGCUACGCUUCUCGAAAGGCAUACGCCGAGACUCGGCCGAGAAUCAAAGGCCGGUUCGCGAAGCGGACCGAGGUCGACUCGGAGGUUGAUCAGAUGUUGUUCAGCUCUGGUUCUUCAGGGUUCAUGGUAGAGGCUGGAUACGGCGUCGUUCCAUCGUUCUGACGGAUGGAUGAGGGGAAGAGUUUGACUCUAGUACUACUAUUCUACGUUCAACUGUAAUAUAUAUUUCUAAUUUGAAAUAAUCGGACGGUGAUUAAUGUUGGUAUCUUGAAUUUUUGAGGACGGAGUGUUUUCUGAUGUUUGGAUCGGAGGGCGUUCUGACCGUUGAUCUGAAAAAGAGUAUGGUAUUCAUGUGUUUUUGGAAGUGAUUAUUAUGCUGCUAAAAAAAGCCCAACUACUUUUUGUUGAAGGGGUUGUUGCAAGUGUUAGUCAACUUUUUCUUCUUUUUCUUUUUCUUUUUCUUUUUCUAAUGAGUAGAUCUGUUUCUGAA